CAACCUUGCAUGUUCAGUGUCCUUGUCCCAUUCAUCAUUUCCUGUUCAAAGACAAAGACAUUUAAUUGUUAGGCUGUUAUUCUAUCCAUCUGACGUGUAGUUGAGCACCAUGCCAGUAACAGCUGUGAAAGCACGUCAGAUUUUUGACAGUCGUGGAAAUCCAACAGUGGAAGUAGAUUUAAAAACAGAAAAAGGUCAGUUUAGGGCAGCAGUACCAAGUGGAGCAUCAACUGGUAUUUAUGAAGCAUUAGAACUGAGAGAUAAAGAUCCCAAGGCAUAUCAUGGAAAGGGUGUAUCUAAGGCAGUAUCCAACAUCAAUGACAUCAUUGCACCAAAAUUACUGGCUUCAGGAUUAGAUGAGUCAGACCAAACAGCUGUGGACCAAUUUCUUCUUUCAUUGGAUGGAACAGAAAAUAAAGAUAAACUUGGUGCUAAUGCUAUCCUUGGUGUAUCAAUGGCAGUUUGCAGAGCUGGUGCAGCCAAAAAGGGAGUACCUCUUUACAGACAUAUUGCUGAUUUAGCAGGAAACAAGAACUUAAUCCUCCCAGUCCCAGCAUUCAAUGUAAUAAAUGGUGGCAGUCAUGCUGGAAACAAACUGGCCAUGCAGGAAUUUAUGAUUCUACCAACUGGUGCUAAGUCUUUCACAGAAGCCAUGAAAAUGGGUUCAGAGACAUACCAUCAUUUAAAAGCUGUCAUCAAGAAAAAAUAUGGACAAGAUGCCUGCAAUGUAGGUGAUGAAGGAGGUUUUGCACCAAACAUCUUAGACAACAUGGAAGGUUUAGAUUUACUGGUUCAAGCUAUAGAGACAGCAGGGUAUACUGGAAAAAUCAAGAUCGGUAUGGAUGUAGCUGCCUCGGAAUUCUGUAAAGAUGGAAAAUAUGAUUUAGACUUCAAAAACAAAAACUCUAAUCCUAAAGAUUAUUUGUCACCUGAAGCUUUAGGAGACUUGUACAAAGAUAUGGUAGCUAAAUAUCCAAUCGUAUCAAUAGAAGAUCCAUUUGACCAAGAUGAUUGGUCAGCGUAUACUUCACUAACUGGUGCCACUCCAAUACAGAUUGUAGGAGACGAUUUGUUAGUCACUAAUCCAAAGAGGGUACAGAAGGGAAUUGACAUCAAGGCUUGUAACUGUUUAUUGCUGAAAGUAAACCAGAUUGGUAGCAUCACCGAAGCAAUCCAGGCUUGGAAAAUGUCUAAGGAUGUAAGCUGGGGAGUAAUGGUUUCCCACAGAAGUGGAGAAACAGAGGAUACAUUUAUAGCAGAUCUUGUAGUAGGAUUGUGUACUGGACAGAUUAAAACAGGAGCUCCGUGCAGAUCUGAAAGAUUAGCAAAAUACAACCAGAUCUUAAGAAUUGAGGAAGAACUUGCAGGCAGUGCCACAUAUGCUGGUGAAAAAUUCCGUUUCCCCUAUUAAAGUAUAGACUUGUUGUAUCACUGUUUAUAUUGGUUAUAAGUAUUACUCAACUAGCAUAAACUAUUUUAAGCCACAGGCUUGUCGUAUGUUUUUUACUAAUUUUGUUAUCAUAUUUUAAUUUUUGUCGUCUUAUGUUUCCGAUUGCUAACUUGAUCUCAGGUUUUGUUUUGUAAUAUUCCAUUUAAAAAAUUUACAUUCAAAAUUUGUUUCCUCCCUGCAUUCAAGUAAAGUAAAAUACAAAUAUAAAAAUGAAAAGUUGUAAUACAAAUAUAAAAAUGAAAAGUGGUAUCGGUUUGUUAGUGCCAGAUUUAGUUUUUUCUUUGAGAUUAAUAAGUUUUUAUUGCGAUAUUGGGGGAAACUUGAAUAUUUUCCUUUCUGCUUGUUGCUUUUUUUUUUUACCAAUAGUCCACAAAGAUUGCUCCGUUUAAACAUACAUGGCACCUGAGAAGGCUGUUUGGAAUCAGAGUAAAGUGAAGGGAAAAUACUUUUCACAUUGAAAUUGAAUGUUCCUCCAAUUUACAGAGCCCUCCUUAGGUACCAUUUGUGUUUGAAUAGGUCCAUCCAUACUAGGUAAAUCCCAAGUUUUUUUAUAUAAGAUUUUUCAAGUGCCCCAGUUUUUUCGUUUAUUUUAGGGUUUGAGAUCUGUUGUAAGGUAUAGAAAGGCAUUACUUCUUAGCAUAAUUUGAUUUGAGAUUUACAUAUUGUAAUAAAUAAACAAUGUCUUGGCAGUCAUAAUGAUUAUAUAAAAGUUAAUUAUUUUUUUCUUCAAAUAACAUGUUUCAGUAAGAAUUCUUAUAUAAAUCUGUAGUUAAGUCACUGGAAAAGUUGUUAAAAUGGUCAUUUGGUGCAGAUAAAACACAAAAAGUUUGUGAAAAUUAUCUUUAAUUACAUUGUACAAUGUAAAUUUUGUGAUACUUUUGUCUGUUUACAAGGUAGAAAGAGUGAUUGAUAGAUUUUAAGUAUGUUGUAAAAUGUUGUAUAUAACAUGUACAUAUUGAUGUUACAAUUUUUUUUUCUUUUUUGGCUUUUUGCCAACUCCAAGUACAAAACUAGUGCUAAUUAUUGGCCUUUGCCUUGACAUAAAUUGUCAGACAAUGUGCUGGUCAACCAGAUAUAGUGAGAGGAAGUGAGAUAGAUUGAUUGAAAGAUGGGAGAGAGAGUGAGUUGAUAAUGGAAAAGAAGAGUGGUAGAGAGGGGAUGAAAAAAGAGUGGUAGAGAGAGGGUGAAAAGACUCUUAAUUGAUCAUUAAGAUGUCAUUUUGUACAUACAUGUAUAUAUUUGUUACUUUUACUUUUAAGGAUUUGGUAUUUAGCCAAUAUCCAUCACCACUUGGUAAGUGUUAUGGUGAAAUCGUGAGAUAUGUGCAGGUAAUAUGUAUUUAUAUGAAGAGCGAGAGAGAGAGGGCGCAGAGGGAAACGACACUGAUGCGGGGUUGUUGAAAAUAUGUAAAUAAAUAUAAAUGUAUUUUAAAUAGAGUAGACAUACAGCUAGUCUGAACAAGAUACACAGAGCAUAUGUGAAAUAAGAGUGAGAGGUGUGAGCAAAGAUGAGAAAGAGGUAUAUUUAGUUUUAGAAACUUGACCAUUUAACACUAACAGAGGUCAAAGUAUGUUAAAGUAGUAUUAGUACAUUACAUGUACUUACUGACAUCUUUGACUCAUUAGAGUAGUCUAUAGUCUAGAACCACACAAAAGUCAUUAAUAGUUCUUUUUUUUUUUUAGUUUCUUACUUUGUUAAUUUUUAUGUCCAUUUAUUUUCUUUUCUUUUGAAAAAAAAAUUAUAAAAAAAUGUCAAUGAUAAAAUGAAAUUUAGGAACAUAACGAGGAGAAUAUUUAGAUGAACUAUUCUAUUCUUAAGUAUGUGUGUAAAUACUUCUCGCAAGACAUUACAACAGCAAUGAUUCAAACUUGAAAUAGAAACUAUGUUGCUUUCACUUUCCAAUUUUCACCAACUUAAAAAGAACUGUAAAUAAAUUUGAUGUGGUUUUAAUACUGUAAGAAUGUAUGAGAUGAAAGUGAUGCUUGAUAUGUUGAUUGAAUGAGGAUGUUAUUGUGUAUGAAAUGAAAGUGAUACUUGGUAUGCUGAUUGAAUGAGGAUGUUAUUGUGUAUGAAAUGAAAGUGAUACUUGGUAUGCUGAUUGAAUGAGGAUGUUAUUGUGUAUGAGAUGAAAGUGAUACUUGGUAUGCUGAUUGAAUGAGGAUGUUAUUAUCCUUGUAAUGUUUUGUCUCAAUUAUUAACAUGUAGUGUUUUGUCUUAAAUUUAUUUGUUAAAUGUAUGGACCCCUUAUUACUUACAAGUUUGUUAUUUUGUUUAUUUAUGUUUAGCUAGGUUAUGUGAAACUUACAGGUUAAAGGUGAAAUCCAGUAAGAUUUUGGAUGGAAAUUUGUUACAUAUACAUGUAUCUUUUAUUUAUUUGGUGUCUAUGAUAGAAUUGAAUGAUUGUUGAUUUACUUUUUAUCUUUUUUUCCACAAGUUUAUUCUCCCAUCUUCUUUGCAAGAACAGUUCCAAGCACUUCUAUCUAGGAUUCAGAUAUCUUUGAUGUCAAUAUUGCGAUUUAUCAGUUUACAUUAAACAUUUGUUAUCUUUUAUGACUGCACAAGACAUUGUUUCUCAAAUCUCAAUAAAAACUAAGAAAAUUA